ACCGUAACAGUAUCUUGCCGGUGAGCAAGAUGGCGGCCAUGCUGCAGAAGACAGAUUCACGCAUAUCUCUGGAAAUACGAACAAAAUCUGUAGAACAGACCCUCGUGCCUCUUGUGACCCAGAUCACAACCCUUGUCAACCAUAAGGAGAGGACUAAAGUCACAGACAAGACUCAGAGAGCUUUGGUCCGAGUGGGGGAAGCAGUCAAUCUCGCAGUCGAGCGCUUCACUACCGUAGGCGAGUCGAUUGCUGUGGAGAACCCAGAAAUCAGAGAUGACAUGUGUGAAGCUUGUCAAGAGGCUAGGAUAGCAGGGUCCAGCAUCCAGACUCUCACAGCCUCUGAUCAGCCCAAUGAUGGAACACCAAAGGCAGUGGCGGACAAGACCGCGAUGGUGCGGGCAGCAAGGCAGUUGUUGUCAGCCAUCACUAAAGUGUUGCUUCUGGCUGACAGGGUGGUGGUCAAACAGUUGCUCAUGGCCAAAGACAAGGUCCUCUUCAGCCUGAACAACUUAGAGGAUGUGUCAAGUUUUCCUGAUUUCGUCACCGGCUUCACCCAGUUUGGGAAGGACAUGGUGGAGCUGGCUCUACUCUCUGGGGAGAGACAAAAUGACCUGAAGAGUGAGAAACAUCGUGCACAGAUGGGGUCAGCUCGUGCCAUCCUCGAGAAGUCAACCAUGAUGCUGCUGAGGUCGUCAAAGUUUUGUAACUUGGUACCAUGUCGAAGCGGCUGGCUGGUAUGCGCUGCCAAGAUGAAGCUGACCAGGCGUUGGCAGGUGAGGUACCAGUUAAGGGAGGAGGCGGCUAUUCGAACCACCAGUGGUGGGCCGAGUCGCGUCUUUGCCUCCAGUCCGUUAGAGGUCGUCCCCUCGUCUUCCCUGGCCUCGGCCGGGCGAAGGCCCUCCCACCCUUUCCUGCUAAUUCACUGCUCGCUGAAGUUCUGCGUGCGGGUCAUUCGAGGAAUAUUGCGGUGCACGCCCCAACACCUCAAAGUAGCAGUCCACUGCGGCCUACCUGUCUGCACUGCAGAGGUGACAGCAGGGACGGCUGGUGGCUCACAGCUAUCCCAGAGCGAGGCCCACCCGAAUCCCAGGAUUCAGUUAGUUCGAAUAUUGAGUGCCUUUGAUUUUGUAAUUGACACUGCCCAAGACUUCACUGACUCGGCCUACACAUCCCACAUGAACCGGGAGAAGAUCCUGAGUCUGUCUGAUGCCCUCAAGGAUGAGCUGCAGGACCUCCUGAAGGUUGGACAGACUUUGAAUUCAAAGGACACAUUGACGCCGACCCAGGAACUUGAAACAGCCAUUUUGAAAACUAUUGAAGCAUCCAAGGCAUUUCGGAAGCAGCUACUGGACACAGCCAUGGACCAGGCAUCCGAGUUGUUCAAGAUGAAUGAAGACCAUGAACUGCUGCAGGGACUCCGUAUCGCUGGGAUGAAUGGAGAUGUGGACCAGGUGGAGGAACUCACCAUCAAGUUUGAGGAACACCAAGAGCAGCUGGAGGAGGUGUGCAAGCUGCUGCAUCACUUGGCCUCCACAGACCCACUGGUGAUCACUGCAGAACACAAUGAGUCAUUCCUUCACAGCAUUGGGCCACUGACCCUGUAUGCAGCACAGACUCUUGCUCAGUACCCCUGCAGUAAGGUGGCCAAGGAAAAUCUGGAGGUGUUCGGAGAUGCCUGGAAGUCACAAAUUAAUGAUCUGUCCAUUCUUGUCAAAGAAGUCAAUGAUGUUUGCCAGGGAAAGAUGGACAAGCCAGUAUAUCUUUCUUUACCUCGACCUGGGAGUUCCACUCCGCCCCAGAAACAUGGGACUACAGCCCGAUCCUUCCGACCUGCUAAGCUUGAUGCUGAGGAGCAAGCUAAGAUUGCCAAGCUUGGUCUGGAGAUGAAGCUGAUCACCUCGGAGAUGGACGCAGAAACAGACAAGUGGGAGGAGCCAGACAAUGACAUCGUCAAGCGUGCCAAGAACAUGUCUAGCAUGGCCUUUGCCAUGUACCUCUUCACACGGGGAGAGGGGCCACUCAAGACGACACAGGACCUGUUUGUGCAGGCUGACUACUUUGCUGAGGAGGGCAAUAAGCUGUACAAGACUGUCAUGGGCUUUGCUCAGAGGGUGCCCCCAUGCCAUCACAAGGAGGAGUUACUGAUGUACCUGGACCGGGUGCCAGUCUUCUGUCAGCAGCUUGCCAUCAGACUCAAAGCGCCAACCUUUGGAAAGACACCAACCUUCAACAAGGUGGACAGUACUAUCCAGGAAACAAAGAAUCUUAUGAAUGUCAUUGCCAAGGUCGUCACAACAUGCUUUAUUUGUGCCACAAAGUUCAACAUUGACUAUCGUGUAUCACCCGGUGGGAGUUACAGGUGGCGCUGUCAGUAUGAAGGGUCAAGGUCAAGUGCAGGGAGUGACACAGAUGGCGGAGGCCUGAGUCCACACUCAGAGGGUGGAGCUAUGUUCAGGUCAUCAUCAAUCAGCCCGCACUCAGAAAGCUUGUACCGCACCUCUUCCUUGUCUAGGUCCCUUAGUACUGAAAAGUCAUGACAGGAGGACCUUAGUGGGUAGUGAAUCUACUCCGUGGCGCUGCUGUAGUCCAUGACAGACAAACGAAAGUUAUAGAAAACAUGGACUAAAAACAAUGAGAUCUGUGUAAUAUUCUUGCAAUUUUACAGCUCUUACAAGACAGAGGUUCCAUAAUUAAUGGAAAUACUGCUUGAUUGGUGACUCGCAAUGCAUCAGUUGAUAUUUAAGUUUGCUGCCAUUUGUGAUGUUUAAAAAAAUGAAAUUAUGCUCCAUUAUAUAUUUUCUGCUGAUGACCUACGCAAUCAAUAUUGGGGCAUUUCUCAGUGCUUAUACAUUUACUGUAAGAAAUGUUCAUGUAACAUUUGACAGUGAAUACAAUCAGCCCAAGGUUAUUUAAUAAAAACAUCCAAUUUGUUCUAACCUGCUUGAUAUUACUACUGACGUGUGAUACUGUACACCCUUAUCCUCUAUGUUUUACAAAAUUUAGAAUUCUACGUUAGGAUAUAGUGAGUUAGGACAGCAUAGUGUUGCAUUUACAACCAAGAUUAUAUCAAAACAAAAUGGUGAUUGAUGGCUGUCAUUUUCAUGAAAGCAUGUAUAAGCAUUAUUUUACUGCUGGUACAAGAGUUGAAGACAUUAUUUAUUUGAGCUUUAAAUUUUCAUCCCUCAUUUAAUAUAUGUAGACAUUCUCAUAAUAUGAAUUUUUGUAUAAAGAAUUAUUGUGGGACCUCAUUAAUUAAACUUGUGCUUAUUUUGCAUUAAAUACAGUGAAGUCCAUCUAGACAGUUUUGACAUCAUCAAACUAACUGGGUUGACCUGUUUUUCUCUAAUGAUGAACAUGGAUUAUCGGGAAAUGCAUCUUUCAAAACUGCUCUUGUCAGGGAAGUUACCAGGGACAAAGUUCAGAUUAAAGAAGUUCCAUUUUGCCAUGUGUGUUUCAUAAUAAGGUGACUGAUUGUAAAAAUUCAGUAUUGUUUCAAGAUGUAACAUGCAUUUUCAUGUAAAGCUUUUUUGUAAAGAUCGUUUGUUCACAUCCAGUUUGAUGGUCACAGUUUACUGCUGUUUGUUUCUUGUUGCCAUGGUAACUAUCCAUCUGUACAGCUGACAUCUAGCUUUAUGAAAUCGGAGAUUACAGUCUAUCAAUAUUAUUUUUCAUUUUGGUGUAUAUACACAUACAGAGUAUUAAGAAAAGCCACUCAUGUUUUGUUGUACAACUUCUAAUCUCCUUUGAUGAUUAGAAAUUGUACAAAUGGUACAAAUAUUGCAAUUGUAUUUCAUGGAUCUGAAUUAAUUUGACUUUUACACAGUUUGUUAUUUUAUUUGACAAUUUUUAGAAUUGGUAAAAUAUAACAUUAUAAGAAUGGUUUACACAUGGAUAUGGAGGUGUUUCUUUCCUCGCUGGUGAUAUAUAGAGGAUACUAAACGAUCUUCCGUGUAGUACCAUUUUUAUUAAACGAGUUAAUGAUUUGGUAUCAAAUGAGUGAAAGCGAGUUUGAUACUAAAUCUUUCACGAGUUGAAUAAAAAUGGUAUUUCACAAAAGCGAGUUUAGUAUUCUGUUUAUUACUCUCCAACAUAAAUUGAUAGAAACUGCCUACUAACAGUGUGAUGACUUUCAGAUUUCCAUGAGUCAAGCAAGGUCUAAUACCAUUGUGACAGAGGUAUUAGCAUUGUGAUGUCAUAACUGUAAACAUUAUGAUGUCAUACGUCUAGCGGUAUUACACUAGUGUAAUAUUGACGUAAAAAUAUUACACUGCAGUAUCUUCCACGGGAGAGUAAUAAAUAUUUCCCUGCUUGUAAUGGUGAUUCAAACAAGUGGAGAGAUCAUUAUGUAUGCAUUAAUUUUUUUCUCUAUUCAGCAGCUCCGUUGUAAUUUUUACUGCCCUUUUGUGAUUGAGCGCUUGUUAAUUUUACAUUACAGAUGCUACUUCUCAAACUAUACAUGAAACUACAUCAAAUGUUUUCUGUUAUAAAACAAUCCAUAUCAAUCUCAAAAUAUCAAUAUUAACAAUGCAAGGAAACUUAUAAGAGCAGAUAUUGUGGAGUAUUUAUUUUUACAGCGAUAUUCUUGACUUGUAAAUAUUCACAAAUCUUCCUGAAUUCCAUGUUCUUGCUUCAAAUAGUCACUGCAUUUCUGUGAUAACCAAAAUGCUGAACUAAUAUAAGAUAAUGCGACAUGUUGAAAAGCAUUUUUGCAUGAGAAAAUAUUCCAGUCGGCAUGUUUGUAUUAAUGUUGUUAAGUGUUGUAAACUUAAUCUGAGCCAGUAAUCGCAAGCAGGAGGACUAACACCCACUGCGUGGACUUGGUUAUAAACAGAACUAUAACAUUGCAGUGAUAUCUAUAAACAAAUUGGUUUGAAUUUAGCCGAUUCCAACAAAUUAAACUUGUAGUAACUGUUGCUAUGGUUAACUGCUUUGCGUUAUGUUUUUAUCCCUUACCACACAAAUGUCAUUUUAUCUUUCGAUACAUUUUCAUGAAUGUAUUUCACAUUCAUGAAAGAAUUUCGCAUUAUGUAUGUCAAAUUUGUAGAGUACCAGUAAUUGGUUGCCUUAAGGAUAUGAUCCUGAUUGUUUUAAAUAGCGUUUUUUAGUCUGUUUGCCUCGUAGGUUCAUAGUGUUGAUCAAAGACGAAGUUAAUUUAUCAAUGUUUAGCAGGCAGUUAAACUUGAUGCAAUGAGCAAUUUGUGCCAACUUGGAGAUUACCCAUUUUCUGGUGAUUUUGUAUGUGGAGAGAGGUAAACCACCGUGGUCUGGAUGUAUCUUGUGAGAUACGAUGGCCAGAGACACUCCAUAUAUGUACAUACAUGCAUACAGUCCUUCAUCCUGUGUUCAUCAGUGUUCAAGUGUUGUCAUGUGGUUUAGCGCAGCAGUGAUUGUCUUAUUCUGAGAUUUUAAUACCGCGUGAUUUUUGCGAGGUACCCCCUAUUUUCCUACUGUCUUAUCAAGGAACUGAGUUCUCAUCCCUUGCAGGACUGUUUUAAGUCUGUGAUACACAUUGAUGGCAUAAAUGAACCUUUCAGUAGAACUUAAUGAAUUAUGAAUUCAAACUGAAUGUCACUUUUAUUUCCAGUUAGCAUUUUACUUCUGAAAAUAAUAGAAUUGUCUUAAGAAAAUGGCAUUUUUAUUCACCAUUGUAUAUUGCUUGUAGUUGGAAAGAAUUAUGACAAUUGAAGUUACCUGGUUGUUUUUUUGUGGGGAAGUAAAUAGUGGUAGGUGUUGUUCUUAUCGCAGGUGGUUGUAGAGGAAUUUAAACUUUUAUCAUGAUUGGGAGGUGCAGUAGGUAUUGACUGCAUUGUUGCUUAGAUUCAAACCUAUCAUUUUAUGCUUGGAAAGUAAACAGUCCAAAGUGGAUGAAUUUUUAGAGGUUUGAUUGAAAAAUUGUUUGUGUUAACGUGAAUGUAUCAACAGCUAAUCAGUCACUAGGUUAGAGUAGAAAUUCAUUUGUCACAUCAUCAAGUCGUCAUAGUGGCCAUGUUGAUAGUGUUGCUUCCACAUGCAUGAUGAAAAACCUCAGAAAUGUUUUACCUGUCAAAACAACAUUGUCUAAGAGACAUUCAUUUCACUUUGUACAUAGUAUUUCCUUCAGUGUUGUGUGAAACAAGUCAUUGAGAAUGUACUUGGUCAUGUGCAUUGGUGAAAAUGUGCUGUGUAAGAAUUCUGUGGAGAUAUGGUUAAUGUUUCCUUGUUUAAUGCAAUGUAGUUCACCUCAGGUUGGCCCAGAAUUUUGUACAAUUCUUUCUUGCAUUAAGAAAAUCCGAUUUAUCAUUACAUAUUAUAUAUCCAGUUUAAUCUGAAUAUGAUUUACUCACCUAUGACAAUAUUUGCUAUAUCUUUUGUACAAUAUUAUUUCAGUAUUUAAUACAAGAUGUAAUCAUGUAGACACUUUUUCCCAUCAUGCACCUGUAGCUUGAAGAAGGAAGUGUACAGGUCCCUUUGACAAGGAAUCAAGUUCAGCAACUCUCUAUGGAGAAAUGUCUGAUUGCAUUGUAGAUUGGGUCUCUGACUAUUACUAGAGUUGUAGCAAGGUGUCAGGUUGUGUACAUGGAGGAUUCAGACAAGAGAAAUCUUGUUCAGAGUCAUUCAUGAAUUAACAGUUGUUUCGAUGAAUAGCAGAAAUUUCCUUUUUUAAGUAAUUAUUUUUUUCAUUUGGUGGUCAUGUGUAGAUUUGAAAGGUUUAUUUUCUAACAGGGAAGAAAAUACUGUUACAUGAAAUCUGUCAUGAUUAAUUAUUUUGUUCUUGAAACGUGUAAAUGUGGGAGAAAGAUAUUUUGAUAGUUUAUGUUUUCUUCACAACAGUAGGUACAGUCAUAUCUGGAUAAGGUUACUGUGAGUAAUAUGAGCCGGAGACAUCUUACGACAACUCUGUACCCUGCUUUUAUAGUCUAGUCAAUGCUAUUGGAUUGCCAUUAUUUGUAGCUGUGUACUGUAGUAUAGGCAGCACAUGUACCCAACUGUGUAACAUUGUUCAUAGUCACGUAUGACAGCGAUGUAUGGAUGAACAGAUGGACUGAAGGUCUUGGCACCCAACAUGGUGUACAAUAAUUGUUUGCAUAAGAUGUAUAUUUGAAACCAUGCCCAUCUGAUAGUCAUGGUCACCUGCUGACUUGAUAUAUGUACAGUAGUCAUGUGACUGUCAUGUUGCAUUUACUAAAUCUGUGACAUGUACACAGGACCGUCAUGGUGCAGCUGCUGAAUCAGUGACAUUUAGACAUGUGACAGUCUGGUGCACCUGCUGACACUAUGUCAUGUCAUGUGACAGUCAUGGAGCACCUGCUGACACUAUGCCAUGUGACAGUCAUGGUGCACCUGCUGAAUCAGUGACAUAUUGCCAUGUGACAGUCUUGGUGCACCUGUUGAGUCCAUGACAUCAAUGUAAUAGAAGACAUGUGACAGUCAACAUGCACCUUCUGACACUAUGAUAUGUUGUCAUGUGACAGUCAUGGUGCACUUCCUGACACUAUGUCAUGUGACAGUCAUGGUGCACUUCCUGACACUAUGUCAUGUGACAGUCAUGGUGCACCUGCUGACACCAUGUCAUGCGACAGUCAUGGCACCUGUUGACACUAUGAUGUUGCUA